AUGUUAAUAAAAGAAGUUCAAAAAUUUUGUGAAUAUAGAAAAAUUAUAUUGGAUGUGAAAAAGAUGGCCACAGAGUUUACAUUAAAGUAAGGGUUAAUUCGUAAUAAAAGUAAGAAUAUUAUAUGAAUAACAAUUAAGAUGAUAAUUAACAUUAAUUUGGAAUAAAAUUGAACAAAUAUAUUGAAAUGAAUGAAGAAUAUUAAGCGAAAAUUGAAAGAUAAGAAAACUUUUUAUAAGAGUAAGAGAAUGAUUUGUUAUUAUUUAAGAAUCUAAUUAAUUCUAGAUCGGGGUUAUCGACCAGAUAAAGAAACAAAAGACUUGAAACGUAGAAAUAAGGGUUAAAAUAAAUCGUAGAAAUAAACAAAAAAUCUAACUUAAUAAAUAAAAGAGGCAGAAUUAGAAUUAAUGGUAUGUCUUAACUUACCUAGUUAUAUUGGUUAUAAUUUAACAAUUAUAUAUCUCCAAUACAUAAAGACUUUGGAGAAUUACCAAGCUAUAAUCCAAAAAAAUUACAACCUUUUAGAGUGGGUAUACCUUAUACAGAAAAAAUAGAAAUUAAAGGAAAUACAAUAAAUUUAACACCUUAAACUCCAAUUGAUAAAAUUAUCAUAACAGAAAAUUAUUAACUUCAUGAUAUUAUAGAAUUACAAUAAAAGAAUGAUUAAAUACUGAUAAAUGAUAAAUUAUUAAUUAGUUUAUGUACCUCAAAUAAUUAAGCUAUGGAAUAACAAUUUAUUUAACUUGAAUAAAUAAGAAAAUAAUUAAAAAAAAACUCAAAAUAUGUAUUAACUCCAAUUUAAGGAUUAAAAUAUUAUGAAGCUUCUAAAAUUGAAUUAAUAGGAGAAGAUGAAGAUGGAGAACUUAAAAGAAUAGCUAGCAGUUCUAAUUUGAUUGAUCAUGUAUAAACUAGAUAUCAAAAUUACAAUAAUUAAUAAUAUAUUGUUGUGACUGAGUUAGAAUGA